AAGAUGCAUUAUCACGGCUCUAAACCUGGGUUCUGCACAUGUCUAAGUUCAGCCCCAACCCCACAUGAAGAACUUAUUUCCAGACACCUCCUACUCUUAUGGUGGCUCCAGACCCUGCCCCAUGCAGAAGGCACUUCUCAAGUUCCAGGACCAGGGCUUCAGCCACAGCACUUGGGUGUGGAGGCAAGCACUGAAGGCCCAUGACCAGCCAUGGGAGCCACAAGAAUCAAUCGCUUCCAGUAGGAUUGAUGCAUUCGAAAGAGCCUGGGGCAAGGCUGGAGGCCACGAGAGGAGCUUCCAGGCCACGCAAGCAGGGAACAAAGCCGAUGAUCACACUCCCAUCAGUGGGCCACCUUGAUGAAGGGAAAUGCCCAAGUUCCCAGCACCUGCAGAGCCUAAGACAUAACAAGCAGCAUGCCCUGACACUCACCAAGGCCAUGUGCUGUGGUACGUGUUCUACCUGUUUCUGUACAGAAGAGAAAUUAGAAUGCCAGAGAAAUGAAGAAACUUCUCCAGGUUCAUGUAAUCACCAAACAAUGUCUGCUUUGACCAUCUCUGCAUUUUGUGCUACACCAAGAUUUAAGCAGCUGUUCAAAGGAACAGUGGAACAGAUGUCACAGAUGUGACUCUUCUUGAAAGGAAGUCGGAUUUCAUAAAUGGAAAGGCUGGCCUUUUCCGUUUGCCCCCUCCAGACCCAUAACUUUGGAUAGGGGGGUUUUAUUGUCCGUGAGGCUUAUGCAUGUGUCAGAAGAAUGUCCAAGCAGAGCAAUCUAAGUGGCAGACCCCCUAGGAUAGGAAAGAAGAAAGAAGAUGCUGACACUUUCAGAAAACUCUUCACAUUUUGUGACAUACGUGCUUGUCUCGAGUGAUCAGGAGACAGCUGGAAGUCCGACCCAUGCAGUAAUAGCAGAGAACCUGAGGAGGGAGAAGCUUCCCAGGACGUUCUGCGGUCUUGUGCCGGGUACAGGCUUUCCUUCCUGCAGUAUCCCUGAGUCCAGAGAAGAAAUCACCCCCUGUCCCAUGGACCAAGUACUCAUGGCAACAGCACUUUGAGUUUGCUGUGCUUAGAUUCACUUGUGGAACUUGUUAAAAAUAUAAAAUUCCAGACCCCACCUCC